UGAGUUGGUUCAUGAUCCGCCCCCUGCAGCAGCAGGUGAUUGUUGAACUAAAACGCGAAACAGACUGAGAAUAAAACAACCUCCGGAUGUCAUGUUUUUUCUUUUUUAAUCAAAAAUGGAAAAAUGUAGAUGAGCUUGAAGAAGAAAGAGCUGGUUGCUCCAUGUGACGCCUUCUCAGAGAGCCACCUCGCUACUGGAGAACAACCAUGAGGAGGACCAGACAGAUCGACGUCAGGCGCGCCCUCGCUCUGACGGGCACCUUCAGCUUCCUCUGCUCCUGUUCCAAAGCCUGUCUGCUCCCCUUCCUCACCCUCUACUUCCGCCACCUGGGCCUGUCCCAGUCCAUGGUCGGCAUCAUCAUGGGCACCAAGCACUCCAUAACCCUGAUGUGGAGCCCGCUGGCUGGCCUCCUCUCCAAACGCUACAACAAAAGGCGGUUGGUGAUAAACUGCUCGCUUUUGUUUUCCGCUUUGGCCGCUCUGCUCCUGCUGCUCCUCCCUCCUGUAGAGACGCCCGGUGCUCAGAGCAGAAGCUGUAACACCUCCAACCUGAGCUCUGGUUCGGCCCAAAGUUGGUUUGAUCUGGCAGCUACCACUAGCAGUCAGACAUUACCAACUAGAACACAUACAACCUUAGUCGUAUCGACCUCGCCUACCAACUCUGUCAGUGAUUCGGUACCAACUCCUGCAUCAACUCUGCCUAAUGGAAAUGAUGCAGAACCCUCAGAAACUGCUCUCUCUCCUGGAAACGCAUCAGAGGUCGUAAACAGCAGUCAUGGAGUACUGAGCGUGGUCCACGCCACCGCCAGCUCUCUGGUGAGUGCAGAAAGGAAUAAGAGGUCUGGGAUCACAUCAGGCCGCUUGGAGGAGAAACAGAAUAGUUCUGGAUUUCUGGGCAGUCUGAAGGAGAUGAACAUCCAGAACCAGCUCUUCUUCUUGAUCCUCAUCAUCGUGUCGCUGUGGGAGUUCCUGUCGGCCCCUCUGGGGCGGACGGUCGACGAUGGCCUGUACGAGUAUUUGGACUACGCCGACUCUUCGGACCGCCACGGCAGCAUGGAGGUGUGGGGUCUGAUCGGGGGGGCCUGUGGGGUCGGGGGAGCUGGAGUUGUGGUCAGCCAGCUAAGCUGUCUCAUAGCUGCUGACACCUCCAGAAGUGUGGUGCAUUUUUACUCCUAUGCAGGCACGGCGGUUCUGACCCUCCCCGUAGCCGUCUACCUCCCUCUGUACCUGAAUAAAAAGCGCGGCAGGGCCAACGGGCUCCUGAAGGCCAUGCAGCUGGUGCACGGCUCCCCCCGUGCUUUGCUUUGUGCUUUUACCAUCAUCCUGGUGGGGGUGGUGAACUCGGCGAUGGAAAACUUCCUGCUUUGGCAGAUGGAGGAUCACGGAAGCACUGAGCUGCACAUGGGACUGUGUCUCGCCCUCGCUUUGCUCUCACAGGCUGCUUUCCCCCUCCUAACUGGCAGAGUAUCUAAACUUCUAAGCCCAGGGAGGGUGCUGGUAGUCGGGGCUGCCAGUCUCGGGUUGCAGGUCUUCUACUACUCCUUCCUCUGGGGCCCCUGGACAGCCUUGCCUGCACAGGUGCUAAGUACCUUCAGCAGCGGCGCCCUCUGGUGGGCUGUUGGGAUCCAGUGCGAGGACGUUGCAACACCUGGAGCUGAAAGAAGUGUCCGGAAGGUAUACAGCUCCCUGUGCCUGCGCCUAGGGAGUGCAGUCGGGAGUUUUGCUGGAGGGUUUGUGGUUCAGAGGUUUGGGGUGACCUGGCUGUUCAGAGGAGUGGCCAUCGGCCUCAUGGCAUGGUGUGCGUGUCUCCCUUUGCUGCAGUGGAAAGCCCCCCGCCAGCGCAGGAUUAACUACUCGCGCCUUCUGGCAGCGGAUGCAAGCGAGGCCAGUGACUCUGAUUCUGAUCCCGAGAGAGACUGGCUAGAGAAGGCCAUGGAGGAUGACCAAGGCAAUAAUAAUUACGAAAGGAAAAUCAGACACUCAAACUAACAGACCUGAUGAUGUAGAAAAGAUCUAUCCAGAGAUGCACCAGUCGGCUAGUGAAGAUCAAACUGGAUCAUUUUUUUUCUGUUCCGAUCAGUGAUCAGGAGGUCCGAUACGGAAAAUAUGGUGGAAUGUAUUUAUCUCCUGUUCACUUAAUGCACUAAAGUGUAAAGUUACCCCAAGUUUCAGUCUUGCACCAAAAAGCAUCAGGGCUAAUUUGAGUUUAAUAGAUGUCCCAGACUUUUCGGGUUAUAUCUGCACCUGCUUUAAACAUCUGGGGACUUCUUUGGGAAAAAACAAACAAACAAACCUUAAAGUCAGUAAUAUUAGAUGAAGUGAACGUCCAGUUUUAAGUCCAAUCCACCGAUUCUCAAUAGGAUUGAAUUCUGUGCUUUGACUAGGCCAAUUUAACACAUGAAUGUGUUUUUAGUUUACAUGUUCAGGGUUAAACCGCUAACAGUUGAACAUUUACAUGACUCAAGUCUCCUACAGGCUUUAUCAGUUUUUUGUUUUUUGCCAUCUGCUUCCUGCAGCAUCAUGCUGUCACCACCACGGUUUAUGGUAGGGAUAAGUUGAAAUUGAUGUGAUAUUUGGUUGCUGACAUGUACUUUAUGAAAGUACUACGCUUUUAUCAAAUAAGCAGCAGCACCUCAAAUAAAACCAGUGUUUACAACUAGGGUGAGAAGUUAAGAUAUCCAAAAAGGCCUGGAAUAUAUCUGGUAUCUGUGAAGAAAUGGUGCAUCUCUUAUAAAAUGUGUUUAAAAAAUAGAAUUAUAAAAACAAUAUGUCAGCGCUGGCCUAUCGGUUACGAUUCCUAUAGAUGUUUGGGUUGGUACAGGUCUGUCAUCUCCCUCCUUAGUAGCACAUGCCAGGCAAGGGUGGCUGAUUUUCUGCCCUGACAGGUUUGAUUACUUUCCAUGAGUCGACUUAAAUGGCUCACUGGAAUUCAGUUUUAACGUGACGUUUCCGUCAUCCUGCAGAAGGGCCAGUUGUACCGUCAGACUUUGAUGCCUGUCUCGUAGCCUCGUCAAAGUUUACUAUUAUAUAUUUGUAAAAGGUGGAAAGUUGUUUUUAGGCCAAGUUGUUUUUGCAAAAAACAAUGCAGGAUUACAAGCACUAAAAACACAGAAGCCCUUUAGUACUGUGUAAACUCAAGUCGUGUGCAGAAGGUCAGGCAGAACUGGCCUGGCAUUAUGUUACACUCCACCCAGCAGGCAGCUGAUCCUCCUCUGACUGCUGCAGCCAUCAUUUCUGUCCUUUAACCUGGACACUAAACUGUGAAAUAACGUAAGAUUGAACAGAAUGAGAAGGGCGCACCUUUUUAUCGUAUAUAUAUAUUUAACUUUAAGUUAAAACAUCCUAAAUGUUUCUUCUGGGCAUCUGUGUAGGAAACUGUUGUCAGUGUGCUUCCAGAAGGAGCUGGAAAGUCCAAUGUUUGACCGGAGUCACAUUAAGAAAGCUGUAAAAUGCAUAAAGAUAACAGUUUCGUUAUUUAAAAAUGACUGU